AUGGAUCGGGAAAGUCAAGUACCAAUACAACAACAAUUUUUCAGGAAGUUCCAAUUUCCACGUAUCAUUGGGGCCAUAGACGGCACCCAUGUAGCAAUAAAGGCCCCAUCUGUUGACGAGCAUGUAUACGUGAACAGAAAAUCAUACCAUUCAAUAAACGUUCAAGCCAUAUGUGACAGCAACUUGAAAUUCCUAGAUGUUGUUGCAAAAUAUCCAGGCAGUUGCCACGACUCUUUCAUUCUCUCUAACUCCACAAUCGGCCAACGCUUCCAAGAUGGUCUAAUCCCCAACGGCCUCCUGAUAGGUGACAGUGGAUAUCCUUUACGCGAAUGGCUAAUGGUGCCUAUAAACAACCCUACUACAGAAGAUGAACGCAACUACAAUGAUAUGCAUGCAAGUGCAAGAAAUGUUAUUGAACGCUCUUUUGGAGUAAUGAAGAGUCGCUUCCGCUGUAUUCAUUGCUCUGGUGGUAAUUUACAGUACUCACCAAAACGAUGUUGUGAAAUUAUCAUGGCUGUUGCUAUAUUACACAACUUGACUAUCCACAUUCCAUUACUGCCAGAAGAGGAGAUAGAAAUUGAUUUGGUUGAGGAAGAUGCCAGACAACCUCAACAUGUUGCAGGUGCCAAUGCAGCACGCAAAGAACUAAUACGACAACUGGCAUAA